CUAAAAGUGCCAUAACUCGGUUAACAUUACCUGUGAUAGGAUUGGCCACCUGAAAUGACCAGUGGCUGGAUUUAGGAGUUAAGAAAGCUCAGGGCCUUUAUGACCCUUGCAUGACCGUCGUUAGUUCCAUUGGGAUCCCCUUACCCCGCAAGCCACUCACUACCUUCUGUUACCGAGCAAACGUUUGGAGCUGUGUCCACAUAAAAGAUUUAGAUAUGUCACAGUAGGGUCAGCGCUGCAACAUCUUCUGAAGGCCACCUUUACUGCUCUGCUGUACACAUCUGAGAGGAGCAGCCUUGUGCAGCUGCAGAAGGGAUCAUUCAUCCAAAUUUGGACAACAUGGCAGACAAAGACACAGUAGAGAAGUUCCUUGACAACAACCCACAGUUUGCUAAGGAGUACUACGACAAGAAAGUCAAGGCAGAUGUGAUCACUGCUGCCUUCAACAACAAGGUCCAGGUCAAAGACCCAGCCUCUUACAAUGAUGCCACCACCAUCCUGGAGGCUGAAUUCACAUUCGAUCUCAUAAAGGAGAUGCAAGCUAACACCCCGAUGGAAAAAGCUCUGCAUACAAUUCUCCAGAGGAUUGCUCUGCUGGUCCGGGCUGAUCGAUGCAGUUCAAUUUGAAAAGAAUUUAGUGGAU